AGCAGUGGGUCGCAGUGUCCAUCAUGUGCAGUGGCAUGCCAUCCCCGACACGCCCCUGGCACCUCCCCUGAGAUCUGCCGCCAGUCCAAACCCCAGCUUCACGACCCGUGCACUCAGAGGCACCAUGAGCCACGGCCCGAGCCCCCGGCUGGCUGAGUCCCCUCAGCUGUCCAAGGGCAGCCUCCUGACCAUCCUGGGCAGCCCAUCGCCCGAGCGCAUGGGGCCGGCCGAUUCGCUGCCGCCCACGCCGCCCAGUGGCACGCCAUCGCCCGGCCCGCCGCCCACACUGCUCCUGCCCACGGCACCCGCGGCGCUGCUGGCCGACGGGGACUGGGAAAGCCGCGAGGAGCUGCGGCUGCGGGAACUGGAGGAGGCACGGGCGCGGGCGGCGCAGAUGGAGAAGACCAUGCGCUGGUGGUCGGACUGCACAGCCAACUGGCGCGAGAAGUGGAGCAAGGUGCGCGCCGAGCGCAACCGCGCGCGCGAGGAGGUGCGCCAGCUGCGCCAGCGCCUGGACGCCCUCACCAAGGAGCUGGCCGGCGCGCGGCGUGAGCGCCAAGAGGCCCAGGGCGAGUGCGAGGCCCGGGGCCGGGAGCUGGCGCGGCUGCGGGGCACCCAGGGAGCCACUGACCGGACGCCGCCUGAAGGUCCCGAACUGGAGCCGGAGCCAGAGCCGGUGCGAGAUAUCGGGUCGGAGAGGACCCAGGGCAGCCAGCUGGAGCUGGAGCUGGUGGAGAGCCUGCUGAAGAGCCGACCGGAGGAGCCCGAGGGCUGCUGGGAGGCCCGCAGCGUGAGGGCCGGGGGCUUCCGGGGGGGCAGCUCCGGCCGCCAGGAGCGCAGCUGGCUGCCCUGGGAGGAUGCAGCUGCCACCGAGGAGGACAGCUCUAAGUUAACCGCCCUGCGGCUGCGUCUGGACGAGUCCCAGAAGGUGCUGCUCAAGGAGCGAGAGGAUAAACUGGCACUGAGCAGGAACAUAGAGAAGCUGGAGGGGGAGCUCAGCCAGUGGAAGAUCAAGUACGAGGAGCUGAGCAAGACCAAGCAGGAGAUGCUCAAGCAGCUCAGCCUCCUGAAGGAGACGCACCAGGAUGAGCUGGGCCGGAUAUCUGAAGACCUGGAGGAUGAGCUGGGAGCACGGACCAGCAUGGACAGGAAGAUGGCUGAGCUGAGGGGUGAGAUGGAGCGGCUGCAGGCAGAGAACGCAGCUGAGUGGGGCCGCCGGGAGAGGCUGGAGACGGAGAAGCUGGGCCUGGAGCGGGAGAACAAGAAGUUGCGCGCGCAGGUGGGGGAUCUGGAGGAGGCCCUGGCCCGGCGGCGGCGGCAGACCACCAGUGCGCUGGACUGUGACCUGAGGGCCAGCCAGGCCGCGCUCUUCGAGAAGAACAAGGAGCUGGCAGACCUGAAACACGUGCACAGCAAGCUGAAGAAGCAGUUCCAGGAGAAGGUGGCAGAGCUGGCCCACGCCAACCGGCGGGUGGAGCAGCAUGAGACAGAGGUGAAGAAGCUACGGCUGAGGGUGGAAGAGCUCAAGAAGGAGUUGGCCCAGGCGGAAGAUGAGCUGGACGAGGCCCACAACCAGGCCCGUAAGCUGCAGCGAUCGCUGGACGAGCAGACAGAGCACAGCGAGAACUUGCAGGUGCAGCUGGAGCACCUGCAGUCCAGGCUCCGAAGGCAGCAACAGAAUGCCCCUCUCUUCGGGAAGAUCCGCAGUGCUCGCUUUGGCUCGGAGGAGGCCGGGGACGGAGCUAGCGACCUGGACGAGGACGAACACCUGCAGAUCCAGGUGGCCUAGAGCGGCUCCGGUGGGCCCCAGACACCCAGGCUGACCAGCUCUUGCACUGAGGCAGCUGCCUGCACUGGCUCUGGGCUGGGUCCUACUCCUACCACCCACAACUUCCUUCUCCCAGGUGGGCCUGCAUGGGUCUACCCACCGGACCCCUUGGAAAGGAAGCCACAGCCUACGCUAUAUACAUAUAUAUUAUAUAUAUAUGCCUGAAGGGCCUGGGACCCCUUUGGUUUUAUAAACACCAGACCACUCCAAGGCUCAGCGCAGAUGUCCCACCCACGCAGGGCAGGGCUUUCUGCAGCAGGGGUGGUGGUGGUGGUGCUGGGGGCCUGUCUGUAUUACCAAGUGACGGACCCAGUGUUUUGUAAUAAAUGGAAUUCACGUGACUGAGAAA